AUGGCUGCAAUGAAUACAAGACAAGCACAGACAUACAAUGGAAUCAGAUGGCAAGUAUUAUUCUCUUUCAUAUUUUCCUGGCUUUAUCAAUCAGCUUCUGCUCAGCUUCAUUAUUCAAUCUUUGAAGAAAUGAGAAAAGAAUCUGUUAUCGCAAAUAUUGCAAAAGACAUCGGAUUAGAAGUGAAGGAGCUCUCAUUGAGAAAACCCCGAAUUGUUUCUCAUAUUUCAGAAAAAUAUUUUUAUGUAAAUUUGGAAAAUGGAAAUUUAUAUGUUAAAGACAGGAUAGAUAGAGAGGCACUGUGUGAAAUAUCAGAGUCUUGCUUCUUAAUGUUUGAUGCUGUGAUUGCAAAUCCCUUAAAUGUUUUCAGUGUAAAAAUUGAAAUUCAAGAUAUUAAUGAUAAUGCUCCAAAAUUUUUACAUGAUGUUAUUAUUUUAGAAAUCAUUGAAUCUACUUUACUAGGUGCAAGAUUUAUUUUACAAAAUGCUGAGGAUCCAGAUAUAGGUGUUAGUGCUGUACAGACUUACAAGCUUAGUGAUAAUGAGUAUUUUGCACUGAGUAUAAAGACAAGCAGUGAUGGUAGCAAGUUUCCUGAACUUGCAUUAGAAAAACCUUUAGAUCGUGAGACCCAAAAUAUUCAUGAAUUAAUAUUAACAGCCUUAGAUGGAGGAAAUCCUAUACAGUCUGGCACUGCUUUAAUCAAGAUAGUUGUUACUGAUAUCAAUGAUAAUAUCCCUGUAUUUACACAAGAAGUAUAUAAAGUGAGCAUCAAUGAAAAUACUCCAAUAAAUUCUACAGUACUUUGUGUAACUGCAACUGACAAAGAUGAAGCAAAGGAUGGAGGAGGCCUAGUUGCAUAUUGUAAAGUUUUAAUCGAAAUCAUUGAUGUAAAUGACAAUUCUCCUGUGAUAUCUGUUACAUCAUUAUCUACACCAUUACCAGAGGAUUCCCUUCCUGGCACAGUCAUAGCACUAAUUGAAGUUCAUGAUCAAGAUUCUGGUUUUAAUGGUGAUGUUGACUGUCAUAUAAGAGGUGCAGUACCUUUUGAAUUAAUACUGUCUUCAGGGAGGUACUACAAAAUAGUCACAGCACAAGCUAUGGACAGAGAGAAGGAAUCAAGUUAUAACAUCUCUGUUUUAGCUGCUGAUAGAGGAAAUCCUUCACUUUCUAGUGAGAUAAAUAUUAAGAUAGAGAUUUCAGAUGUUAAUGAUAAUCCACCAAUAUUUAUGAAAUCAUCAUAUUUUCUCUAUAUACCAGAAAAUAAUUUACCAGGAGCAUCAAUAUAUAGAAUACAUGCUUCAGAUCCUGAUUUUGGAGACAAUGCUAAAAUUGUUUAUUACAUAUCUAGUGCUAAUACAGAUGAAUUUUCUGUGGAUUCUUAUUUUUCUAUCAAUUUAGAGACAGGAGAUCUCUAUGCUCAGCGAUCAAUUGAUUAUGAGCAGCACAAGGAUUUUCGAAUCCAAAUAAUGGCAAGAGACAAUGGUUCUCCAUAUUUAAGUAGCAAUGCAACAUUAAUUAUCCAUGUAGUUGAUCUUAAUGAUAAUGCACCAAACAUCUUGUACCCUUCAUCAGAAAGUAGUGGAUCAGGUGUGUUUGAAAUGGUCCCUCGUACUUCUCAACAAGGCUCUUUGAUUACUAAGGUGGUAGCAGUAGAUGCAGACUCGGGGCACAAUGCUUGGCUAUCCUAUCAUUUCAUACACAUUUCUGAACCAUCUCACUUUAGCAUUGAUGAGCACUCUGGUGAAAUAAGGACAGCGCAUGUUUUUCAAGAGAAGAAUAUUUUGAAGGAAAAAAUUGUGGUUAUGGUUAAGGACCAUGGAAACCCAUCUCUAUCAGCAACAGUUACUUUAAGUCUUAUUGUUACUGACAACUUUCAAGAAAUCAUUCCCAAACUUAGUAAUCAACUCAGCAGUGAAGAUUCAAAAUCUAAUUUGCAAAUAUACUUAGUAGUAGCUCUGGCUUUGAUUUCCUUUUUAUUUUUAGUAACAGUUAUGUUGGUAAUAAUAACAAAGUGUAAAGAAUCAAAAUCUUCCACAUCCUUUGGAUCUUACAAUACAAACGUAUAUUCUCAUGUGGAUCCCAGAAUGCUUUCCAAAUAUAACAAUGGGACAUUGACACUGCCCUACUCAUACAAUGUCUGUGUGGCUGUAGAUACAAGUGAAAAUGACUUUAGAUUUGUGAAGCCAGACCAAAACAUCACAAUAGACAAUCUUAUUGAUGCUGAUGAUUCAGGGCUUGGAAACGAAAAUCCUUCUAGCAGUCUUGAACUGGUGAAGCGCCGCUGUUCACCAAUAAGGAGAAAAGAAUGGAAAUGGAGAACCAAUGUCAUUUCCACAACACAGACACUGCAGAUCUGUAAGAAGACCUAA